ACCCCAGAGUCAGCACAUCACAUUGCUGAUCGUGGCUGAGCAGGCCCAGCAGCCGCAGGGGUCGUUAUAUCGGCGGGCAAUGGAAUUGUGGGGGUCUUGUCUCCUAGGGGUCUCCUAAGGGUCCCCAGGGGAGAUCAUGGUCAGGUACCCCGUAUCGCUCCUCUUUCAGAUCGGACAUUCGCCCCCAGACUUGGUCUGGGAUUUCGGUCAGACUGAAACAGGAUGCUUGGCCGCGACUGCGGACGAAUCUGAUCCAUCCCAUGCAGUGUGCUUCGUAGUCGGGGACGAAUCAGAAGCUGAAGAGGGGUAUCUGAGUUGUUUCACGGACCGGACCACGACCCUUGGGGGAUCUGGCAAUCGCCUUGUCUUGUUCUUUUCACUUCUUUCUUUUCUUGUUUUUCUUUUCUUAAUUUUUGGCCAUGGCGCAGUGACACUGCCCAGCUCGCCUUGGCGAACGCGCCUCCAGUCACCAUCACUCAAGGGUUCUUGCAUGAGAUGGUGCUGGGGGCAGAUUCAGGGGAGGUAAGUAAAAAAAGUAAAAAAGUGACACCCCAUUUGAGAUGAUGUCAGACUCCGGUAAUCAGCGGGGACAGUGAUGAUGGUGUUGGAGAUUGGGUUUGC